AUGUCCCCGGCAAAUUUGAGUCUGGAGCAGAACGGACGGUUUCCAAGUGGGCGAUGCAAACUAGCUUGCGAUGAAUGUCGGAAACGAAAGCUUCGCUGUGACGGUCAGGAUCCGAAAUGCGGAGUUUGUAUCGAAGCAGGCAUCACCUGCAAAGUCAACACGAAGCGCCUAGCGAGAGGUCCAAAGAAAGGCCUCCUUAGAGCUCUUCGGAUCAAAGCUGACAGGAAUCAGCUAUAUUUUGAACGAGUUCACCCCUUUACUCCAUUGAUUCAAAGACGUCACUUCCUCUCUUGGUCUCAUCGCCGAGACUUCAAGCGUUCCCGGCUCUGCCUGCAACUUGCUAUGCGGACCUUAGCUGCAUCUCUGUCAGCACAGUAUCAACAUAUUUCUCUAGCGACUUACCAGAAUGCAAGAAAAGAACUUGAAUAUAUUGAGAUUCAAGGUACUGGAUUGGACUCGGUUGACGUUGAGCAAGCACAAGCAUGGAUACUUGUUGCGUUCUACGAAUUGAUCCGAGCUCAUUACCGGCGAGCCUGGAUGAGCAUCGGACGCGCAUGUCGAUUGAUACAACUAUUGGGUUUACAUAGAAUUGACGCUGUGGAGAAGAUCACAAACGAUGCCGAGGCAACUCCGCGUGCCAACACUGAGACAGAAGAAAAGAGAAGGACAUUUUGGAUGGCAUAUUGUCUCGAUCGCCUGGUGGGUCUUCGGAACAACUGGCCAUUAGCUUUCAACGAACUUGUGAUAUGCACUCGACUUCCUGCGGCUGAAGCUGACUUUCAAAACGGUGAACCCAGCCUAGGCGGAUUUCUUUCGGAAGCAAUUACUACCGACUCUGGGUACAACGUCCCCGCUUUCAACGAAUUAAUAGUAUAUGUUACAAUCUGUGGACGCUGUCUAUCACAUAAACAGCAAGCAGCCAUAGAGCCACUCCAUAGUAGCUUAUCACGGGGUUUUUGGAACCGCCAUGAGUGGCUUCAUGCACUCCUAACACAAAAGCUCAGAAGAUCCCGGAUGUUGUCAUCGCCUUCAGAUAUGACGGAUCCUAUGCGCCUUUUCGCGAACAUGGUGGCUUACACGGCUCUUAUCUAUCUCUGCAAGAUCCUGGAUUCCUCACCAAACGAAAGCAUUAAUCAACAAUCCAUGCCUGCAUAUGAAGAAGAGUCGCGAACUGCGGCCUGGGAAAUCGCCAAUCUGGCCCAAAAUGUAGAUGAACUAAGUAUUUUCAAGGUAUGUUGCAUAUAUGAAGUUUCUGCCAAUCUACUUUGGCUAAUAUAG